AUGGCAUCGCAAAACCCAAUCGACGUGAAUACCGCUACUACAGGUCGGCCUGGGGAUCUUCAAGAAUGGGAGAAGAUCGUGGCCCAGAAAAAGGAGCGUAGCAAGAACGACAUCCCCAAUGAAUGGAAACUCUCAGCAGAGAUCUUCUCUGAGCUUUCGCUUCCCCUGGAAAGCCAUCCGAACCGAAUCUUGGACAUCGAUGUCCCUCGCAAAUCGGGCAUCCUUUCCACGCGCGAACUUGAGAUCACAGACAAAUACUCGGUCGCGGAGCUAUUGGAUCGACUGGCCUCUGGCACUUUUACUUCGCUCGAGGUGACGACUGCAUUCUGCAAGCGCGCCGCUAUCGCCCAACAAUUGCUAUCCUGCCUCACAGAGGUAUUCUUCAGCGAGGCUCUGGAGCGCGCGAAAGCUCUGGAUGCAUUUCGCGCCGAGGGAAAGCAGCCACUCCGUCCUCUACAUGGACUUCCAAUCAGCAUCAAGGACACAUUCAAGGUGAAAGGUCAAGAGGCAAGUAGCGGGUAUGUCUCCUUCCUGGGGACGAAGGCGGAGUCGAAUUCGCACCUUGUCGAGAUGUUGCUGGAGCUCGGUGCCGUUGUCUAUGUGAAAACCAAUAUUCCUCAAACGGUGGCGACGGGUGACUCGCAUAACAAUAUAUUUGGCCGAACAUUGAAUCCAUUCAAUACCAUGCUGACAGCCGGCGGAUCGAGUGGUGGUGAAGGCGCACUCAUCGCUUUCCGUGGCUCGCCUCUGGGAAUCGGAACAGAUCUUGCAGGCUCAGUCCGUAUUCCCGCCGCUUGCUGCGGCACAUAUGGCUUCAGACCAACAGCAGCACGCCUACCCGCCGGAGGACAAGCCUCAUGGGGACUUCCUGGUCUUCGAGCCAUGCUAGUGUCAGCAGGACCGCUCAGUAACGAUUUUAACGGCCUUGAAAUCCUGACCAGAGCAAUCAUCGACGCCGUUCCCGCUAGAACAGACGUCACUGCUUUGGACAUACCCUGGCGGCGCCUCGCCACCUCUCCCUCUCGCUCGAGACUGAGAAUCGGCAUCUUCCCAGAAGAGCCACUCUACCCGCUCCAGCCACCCGUGAAGCGAGCUCUCGCGGAGGCUGUCCAGAUCCUCCAAGAAGCAGGCCACGAGCUUAUCCCCAUUGCCCCGUCCCUAGCCCAGCUUAACGCGUGCUCCGAAGUCGCGUGGGAACUAAUGGCGCUCGAUCCCGGACGGACAUUAAUCGGGCACAUCACAUCGAGCGGCGAGCCGUUUGUCCCUUCUGUCAGCACGCGCGAGGCGCCUGCGAACUUCGGCAAGUUCGAGUUUGUGAAGACCGACGUGACGGACCUCGAUCCCUUCCACCGAUACGCGGCGCUUAAUCUCAAGCGGGACGAGCUGCAGGAAUCGUGGACGCGGAACAUCUGGAUGGAGAAGAAGCUCGAUGUCAUUAUCGGCCCGGUCGCCCGAAGUUCGGCCGUCGUGCAUGAUACUUUUGGUUGGCCGUUCUAUACAGUCUUUGUCAAUGUGCUAGAUUAUCCGGCGUGUGUUGUUCCUUUCUCGCAGGUCUCGAAGGAGCUGGAUCCGACGGCUGUGGUCAGGAAGUCGGGAGAACCAGGCGCAGACUACCUACCCGAUAUCCUCGACAAGGCGCCAUUGUCGAUUCAGAUCUUCACCAGUCGGUUCAAGGACGAGGAGUGUCUGCAAUAUGGUCGGAUCAUUGAUCAAUGCUUGAAGGGGCGUUCACAGUAG